CUCCUAUCGGGGAGGUUUAGAGUGAUACGUUUAUUGAAUAUAGAAUAACAGUUGUUUAGGCUGCUACGGGUUAUAAAAAAUGCACCAAGGGCAAAAUGCACAAGCUUGGGUGCCUGUACCGAUGCCUUACCCGCCAGGUAUCAUGGCUCCUGGAAUGAUACCACCAGGAAUGGUUUUUGGGCCAGCCUAUGGCUAUCCGUCUCCGGGGCCUAUGUCCGCCAUGCCAACCGCUGACGCGUUGCGAGGAUACGCUUUCGCUGGGAUGGCAGCGAUGCCUCAAGAGGACGCCACAGCCGCGCUUGCUGAGCGUCUUAACGAAUUACAGCUUGGGAGUUCAAGAGGCCGUAGUUCUGCAAUGUCUGCGCAUGCUCCUGGACCUUUCGCGCGCGGUGGAGCGGCCGGCCCUGGGCCAUCGCAGACGCAGUACUUCUACCAGGCUGGACCGCCGCUCCAGCACGGACGACCUCGUCAAGGAAGGGCCGGCCGUGGAGCUCCAGCACACUUAGCAGGCGGGCGGGGGCAGGGGCAAUCACAGAAAAAGAAGCGGCCACAGAAGGGCUUGGAGGACAACAUAAAGCGGACCGUGUACAUCAGCUACGUGGACUGCACGCUGACCGAGGAGAACCUGGCAGCGUUCUUCUCGGAUUGCGGGAGGAUCAUCGACUGCCGCAUAUGCGGCGAUCCCAACAGCGCCAUGCGCUUUGCUUUCAUUGAGUUCUUAGAGGUGGAGUACGCGCAGAAGGCGCUCGAAAAGACGGGCAGCGUGCUGGGCAGCUCCCCGCUGCGCGUGCUGCCCUCCAAGACCGCCAUCAUGCCGGUCAACCAGGAGCUCAUGCCGCGCUCGCCGGACGAGGUGGAGCGCUGCAGCCGGACCGUGUACGCGGCCAACAUUGACAAGAAGGUCGACAAGAACGACGUGCGCGCGUUCUUCGAGUCGCUGUGCGGCAAGGUUUCGCGGAUUCGGCUGCUGGGCGACUACGCGCACUCGACACGCAUUGCCUUUGUGGAGUUCCAUCACGCGGAGGGGGCCCUGGCGGCGCUCAACUGUAGCGGCGCGCUGCUUGGGUCGCUGCCGAUCCGGGUCUCACCCUCUAAGACGCCGGUCAAGGUGGAUGGCAGCCGGGACAGCGACGGACAGUCCAGCUCGGCGCACUCGCAGCACUCGGUGCCACCAUCGAGGCACAUCCCGCAGCAGCAGCAGCCCCAGCAGCAGCUGCUGCAACCGGCGGCCCAACAGCAGGCGCCACAGGAGCAGGCAUUGGAUUAGAUGCAACUAACCCAUGCAUAAGCAAACACGCGGGAGUCGUGGCUUAUGCACGGCAAAGGUGUAUUUUCGGUGACGUUAACAGCGGUUGUCCCCGCUGUUCAAUAUAUGCGACAGUGGGAGAGCACAUAAGCUGCACAAGAAACGGAACCAUCGAAUGAUUCGACUUGGGCAGUUCUAUAUAUGUUAUACACAACACUCUUCAUAAGAUGCUGAGGCAUGAUCGUUACGCAUGGGGCUCGUACUAGCCCAUGCUUCUUGUGCUCUUCUUUGCAGGAGUUGGCCAAUCUUUAUCAUGCAGACUGGGGCAGUUAGCGGCGCUCAAGAUGGAACGGGUGACCGCCGCAAGUGACGCACGUUGUACGUUUACUGGUGUAGGAGGGGUGUGCCGAGAGGUCGGAUGCUGUUGGUUCGCGAGCUCUGGUGCUUGCUUGUCCUGGUAUGCCUAUUGAGCCUGGGCCGCAUAUUUUGGCCUGCGCCUGUGGCGGCCUGAGAGCUAAGGAUCUGCGAAACUGCCCUUUUCAUGAGUGGCUGUUUUCUUCACGUAGACUGGAUGGAAGGCCUUGCCAUGUACAAGGUUAGGUAUGGGACUGGUAUGUAUGGCGUGAGGCAGUUUUGCUAGUGGCAGCGGUUUUCGUGGAGGCUGCACGGUGAUGGCCGCUUGCCCGCUGCUGUUGCCCGGUGCUCUAUUCGUCCCAACUCAUGGGAAUGUCGCGUAUGAGAGUUCGCACUGCCAAAGGCUCUUGUGUUAUGGGUGUUGCGGGGACGUCCUGGGUAUCCGCAGAACGAAUGGGGAGCGUGGCUAUGCCUGGGCUGCUGUGCCCAUCGAAGCAAGCGAACCGCCAGCUCGGUCGCGCUCUGACGCGGCAGGUAGGGUGUGUUGGUGUAUGCGUCGGGUAGCAAGGCGUUGGCUUAGUAUGGGAAAGGGGAGAGAUAGCCAAUUCAACCGCGAAGUUAAGAGUCUUUUUGCGGCACACAGCGUUUGUGCUCUAGUAGGGGACUUCGGGCGGCACAUCUGGAUGGCUUCUCUGUUGACGGUGUUGUGCACCUGGAGAAUUUGUCGUAGCUGAUUCGUACGUGACUAGGUUGGCAACCGGGUUAGGACGGUUGAGUUGUGCCACGAAAAUACCCUUUCGCUCGUCGUUCUGGCGCUUUCGCAUCGACGCUAUGUAGGGGUGCCUAUUCCCAUGUACACGCUUAGUUUGCCAUUCCUGCCCUUGUGUGCAUGGCAGAGCAGCGGCUGAGGUGGUAUUCGGUGGUGACUGGUGCGGACCCCUGAACGCUACGGCGGGGUAUGUGUCGGGUCCAUAGUUUCGUUGGUUGGCCGCUGCUGCCAAAGGCAGAUGGCGAUUCGGUUUGAUGCAGAUGACGAUGCAAUCCCUACGCACAAAGCGUGGAUAGUAGUAAUACCCUCGUUUAAUCGUCACUACUAUUCUACAUGGCGGAGGGGGUUGGUCGGUGAGAGCUGGGAGAUAAGAUGACCAACGUGUUAAGAUUGCCGUACGGUGAUUCACUGCCCCGCUGGAAUAUUUUGUAUACCAAGUUACCCAAGAACUAGGUGGAGUUUCGACGUGCAACACCACACCGUGUGCCGGCGCUUUAUCCCUUAAUUGCAUGGAGUUUUUUGAAGACGAUACUUGGCUCUAUUCAUCUUCUUACUGAUGGUGUAAGGGACCCGUAUGAGCGGGCUGUAUGUAACACUCAAACCUUG